UCGUGUCCGGUUCGUUUUGUUGCCGCCGUCGGUCGUGAUCGCAGUUGUGUUUGAUUUUUAAUUUUCUUUAUCCUUACUAGUCGUCACAAAAAAUUAUACGCCAAACUUAUUCACCGGUACGACUCGUAAAUAUCGUUCCGGAAAAUAAAAUAUGAACGUUUUUUUUGCUAUUUAAUUUUUGUUGUUUCUGUUAUUGUUUUAUUUAUUUUUUAAUUUUCCAACCUAACCGUUCUUUAUUGUCGAUAUUCUCAAUCGGUACGUCGGGAUAACCGUACCCUGAAUUAUUAAUAUUGUUUGUGUUACCAUCGCACGUUCAAAUGUGGAUUAAUAAAUUUGCCGAAAACCUGAGAGACACUGAAAAAUGAAUGAUGCAUUCAGAGGCUUUGGUGUGGUUGACAACGGGAAUCGGCGGUCCUCUGUCCGUGGUAUGGCUGUGCUGGGCGAUACUGGUAUUGUGGUUCGGCCGAGGCCAGUGGCGGCCGUCGGACCCGCUGCUCAUAGCGCUGUUGGCUGAGGCGAUCGCCAAACAGGCGGCCGGCACCGCGAGCUCGGCGCUGUCGCUGUUCCGGCCGGAUGAACCGGCCAUGUGCAGCGCGGUGCAGUGGUUGUGGACGGCCGCGCACACGAUGCAGGCCGGCACGUUGGCGUCGUUGGCGCUGAUGGCCGGACUGAGGCGCAAGAAGCGGACGGUGGCCGCGGGCGGCCGGCCGCUGUUGCUCUAUCACCUGGCCAGCCUGUCGGUGGUGAGCGCGUGCGUGGGCGCCGCCGCGCUGAUCGCCCAGACGGAUCCGUGCGCGCCGCCGUCCGACCGCCGGUACGCGGUGUUUUCGCUGGUGUUGCACGCGUCCCUGGCCGCCGUGGCCGCGGCGUCCGCGGCGUUCGGUUGCGCCGGCCACCGGAAGGGCCCCAACCCGCUGCUGGUCAACUCGUCGUCCGACUUGUCGUCGUGCAUGUCCGAGAUAUCCACAGUGUCCAGCUGCAGCCGCGGCGGCAUACGGCACAGCGUCAGCGACUGCAGCGACCGGACGACGGUGACGUGCACCACGUCGGCCACCGGUACCGGAGGAUACCACCGGACCGAUUGCGCGCUGGUCAACGACCUGCUCCGGUUGCCGUCGGCCGGUAACGCGCCGCCGGUCACGUUCCUGAACGGCGCGCCCAGGACGAUGGUGCACCACCAGAACGGCGCCGCCGCCGCCGCGGAGGACGACACGCUGCGCAGGAUGGACGAGACCAAGCGGCUCAUCGACUCUGGCACGUUGUUGACGAGCAGCGACCGGGACAGCUACGCCGCGUCCACCAUCAGACCGUACCGUUACGGCGGCGGCGGUGGCCCGGGUUCGCGGUAUCAAUUGCCGUCCACCGCGGCGUCCGUGUCCGUCACAUCCACCAACAGCCGGGCCCCGUGCCUGGCCAAGCGCGUGUCGCUGGUCCAGGACGUCCGCAUUGGUUACGUGGUGGCCAUACUGUUCAUGUGCUACUUUGUCGACCAUUUGCCCGUACUGGUGCUGAUGGCUUCCGAACAUUUCAUACCUUCAAAGUUUGUGUUUUCUGCUGAUUAUGCACCUGUGCUAAAAAAUUUACCAAUGCUGGCAGCGCUGGCCGAAGCGUGUUUGUGGCCGGUAGUAUUGCUCCUGUUCGACGACCAGUUCGUGCCCCGGCUUUCAAACUUGUACCGGAGACGAAGCGUUUCGGAUCGGGCUAAGCCCCCUCAAGGUUUACACGGCAAGUUUCGCCCGUACAACGGUUCGUUGCAAGAUGCCCGGAGGCCUCCGCCGCCUUCCAGUGGUGGCGAAGCGGUCAGAUUUCCCAUCACCAACGGAUCUUUGUUCGCCAGCUUGGACGGCAGAGUUCCGGUUCUACACAACUACAGACGAGGCGUUAGGACGAUGAGUGGCCUACUUUCUUCUCCACCACCUCCACAUUUCAUUCACACUGCAAACGAUUCGGCUGCCGGUCACUGUUGCGAAGACGAACAUCACCACCAUCAACACCACCACCACGACCAACAACAACAACAACAACAACUACACCAUCGGUCAUUGCGGUUCGCCAACAUGGUGACCGCGUCCGCGGCCAUGUCGACGACGACGGUGGACGACUGCAAAGCGGUGACGGACGACUCGACGCCGGCCGACAGCCUAGACGACCAGUCGGUCAUAGCCAGCGCGGCCACCGCAGCCGGUGGCGUUCAAGCGGCGGACAACCGAUUGCCGCAAAACUUGCAACAGCUCCGCGAAAAACUGUACGCCCAAGACGACGACGACGACGAAGACGAGACGAGUUGUUGCGGCAGUGACGGUGGACGGGACGCGGACGACGACGGACGUCGGACGGACAGGCCCGAGAAAGCGGCGGCCACGGACACGACGGCCGACGACGAAGACGAUUCUUCGGACGACGGAUGCGACAGGCGAGACGACUGCGACGACUGCGACGAAGAGGGCGGGUACGCCACGCUGUCCGCCCGGAGCGUGUGCUCGGCCACGACGGCGGCCAACGACGAUUUCGAGUAUUUCGCCGCGUCCGUCGACCGAUCCGGAGGUGCCAGUCGCGACAGUCGCGGCAGUGGCGGCGGCGGUGAAGUCGUCGCUGUUCCGCCGGCGUCCGACCGGUCGCCCGUCGGAGGUCGGGUCCCGUACCAGCGGGCGCCGACCAGACGUGCCAAGCACCACCAGCCGCAGCCGCAGCACCACCGGCACCACCAACACCCGCAGCCGCCGCAGUAUCACCAGCAACAUCACAGGCAUCAAGUGCGCUCCGCGGCACCGGCCCUGCCGCCCACCCCGCCCACGCCCCGCAGGCCCAAGGCCCGUCUCACGUCCGUCUUGUCGGUCGACUCGCUGGUCGCGGCACAAGCGGCUGCGGACGCCGCGGGUUAUCCGCACGCCGCCAAAAUGAUGCAUCAGCAGCAGCAGCAUCACCACCAGCCGCAGCCGCAUCACCACCAACACCACCAGGUGCACCACCAUCACGGCGCCGGCGGCAGACAUCGCGGCGGCUUCGGCGGCAUAGCAGGUAGACGGCUGGGCGGCGGUGGCCGCGGACAUCACGGCGGCAGCGUGCCCGAUCUGAAACGAGUGUUCGUCACGGAUUUUUUGUAACCCGCCGUGGCCCGUUCGCGUGUUCUCGACGUCCCUUGAUUUCCGGUCGCAUUCGCCGGCAUCCGUUUCCGUCGUAUUUUCAACGGGUUUCCGGAAAAAAUCGUUUUUUUUUUUAAAUGUUUUAUUGUGUGACUCAUCGAUAUGAUGCACAUUAUAGUGCAUAGUUUAUUAUAUCUCAUGCAUAAUAUGGAAAACACGACGACAUUUGGUCUUCAUUAUAUAUUAUAUUAUAUGCGCGUAUAUACUGUAUACAUGCACAUUUCUGAGACACGUAUUCGCGUAUAUUUAGAUAUUUCGAUAGUAAUUUAUUCAAACCAAAAUCUGUUUUUGUGUAUAAAAUUAUUUAAAGCGUUUGGUUAGUAUUUUUUAUUUUUUUUUCUAUUAAGAUAUUGGUAAGUAAAUGUGCGCCGAUUCAAUUCGUAGUAAUAGGAAGGUAUAUUAUGAUAUACAUUUACAUAGAAACGUACAACACUAUUUUAUCAUAAUUUUCGUUAGGAAAUCGACCAAAGACGAAAAAAGUAUAUCAUAUUAUGUACUUGUUUAUUAGUAGGGUUCUCUCACCGUAGUCUUGUACACGUGUCCAAGUCUAAAAAUUCGUUUUCGUCGUUUUUCUAUUCUCAUAUGACUAGGUAUUCUUUUUAUUAUUAUUAUGAUAUAAUAUAAUAUAUUAUAUUAUGUAUAGAAACAUUAUUACAUUUUUAGACUAAGAUAUUUUGUUUAUUUUUAACACUUGGUGCCAAUUUUAUUGUAAGAUUAAAAUUUAUUUAUACGUUAAUUAUUAUUAUUUUGUAAAUUGAACAUUGUUUUGUUUUUGCUUUUUUUGAAUUAUUAAGAUUGUACAUUAUAUUAGUAUUUAUAGCGUUUCACGUU